ACACACACUAGAUCCGAUUAGUAAAAAAAUUACAUUUCCAUCAAAUCAAAAUAAAAAAAAAAAAAACACACGACAACCAUCGCAAAAUCACUUGGACCACUCACAAGAAAGAGCGAAGGACCUGAAUGGCAGUUUUGCAUUGAACACAUUACAGUAACUGGUAGACAGGAAUUUGAAUCUCGUCAUCCAGAAACUUGCGUUAAUAAAAAGGCAUGGGACUAGACUUGCAUCUACAAUUUACUAUUGUAUUCCUAAAUGGAGAGGAGUUUAUGGAUUGUCGCCGAAUUACACAUGAUCCAAGCCCCAAAAAAUAAAUACAAUGGUCAGCAGGGCGCCUAAUCCAAGUGCCGGCUCGACUAAAAAAACUGCUGCUAUUGGCUUUUAAUAAAUGUCAUAUUAGGAAUUAAGCAGAGUAAAUAUGAUAAUGCAGUUGAGAACAAACUGCUUCCUCUGUUAAGUGGUUAGAAAAACGUCAAUAAUUGUGCCUUUUUUUGGUUCUCAUUGCAACAGCAGAAGAUUGCUUUAUUUUGCACUAGGAAACAAAGCUCUCAAGAUGACGCAACACAUGAUCUGAACACCACUUCUUGGAAACAAUGCAUCAUAACCCUGGCUCAAACCCUGUGUGUGUGGGAGGCUGGGGGGGGGGAUCCUGCACACUCCAAUUUCCGUAUUACACACUUAGGUGUAAAAGUGGUUAAAAAAAAACCCUUAAAAAACAAACACAAAAAAAAAAAAAACACAGCACAUGUGUGGUCUUUUCUUGUUAUCACCAUCUGCCUCCGUUUCAAUGAAAGAUUAAAUUAAAAAGUAAUGGAUGGUUUAGAAAGCAAGCUGGAGUAAUCUGAUCAGGCAGUAAAAAGGGACUCAAGUCAUCAUUACAACCUUAAAAACAAAACGCUAUAGAACUUUACAAAAGGAGAAAGGUUAUUUGUAAGAAAUGUUCUGGGGAUGAACAGCACCCCACUUUAUAAAAUAGAAAGUAAUCUGAAACCAAUACCAACCUUCAGCACAUUAUACAGUGAGAAUACAAAUAGGAAGCGUGGUAUCUAGAUCUUGACCUAUGGAGCAGUUAAGGAGCACCGCCACGAAUCACUACACUUAACAAAAAGCUUUAAUACUAAACUCAGCUGUCACUACAGCAGGUUAAGGAAUACUUUCUCGUUCUCUCUAGUUGUGUCAAGAGAGAGAGAGAGAGAAAGAGAGAGAGAGACACACUCGUCACUGGAUGACGCCAGCCCGCCACCACUCUGUAGCAGUGAGUGGCUACAACCCAAUAUCACAGUAUAGCAUCUUUGCUGCUCUCUCCAGCUCUGUAGAAAAUCUCAGUAAAAAGGAGACUAUUGCUCAGUGCACUACACUGCUGCUGGAACUGGUUCCUACACAGGGUCCCUUCACUGCCGGUGCUCAACAAGUUAAGGAUGGUGGACCCCCAACUGAGGAAAAACGAUGCCUGGGUCUUUAAAUUAAGCAAAUCGAGCGGACAGCUUGAGUGAAGAAAAUACAAAAAAUAAAUAAAAUGGUUUACAGGGAUUGCUUCGGAUUCAGCUAUUAAGCAAACAAUUUUUCAGAAGGAGAACAAACAAAUUCUCUAAAAACACAACGAUCACCAAAAGCAAGCAAAGGAGGAUGAAAUAUCUUGACAUGGAAUUUCUGCUUUUGUUACAGCUGGGGGGACUAAGCAUUGCUUUAUUUGAGGAAAGUGCAGUUCCUUUUGUUUUUCCUCAAAAGGGCUUUUCUUCAUUGGACUCCUUUUCCAGCUCAUUGUUCCAAGACUCUGCAGAGAGGGACAGUUGAAUGCAGCCUCCAAUGAGCACAAAAGAAUGGGUUUCCAUUCAAGAUGGCCAUUGGUGGGACCAACACCAGUGGCAAUCUAUAUGAUCAGCAUGCUGCUCCGCCUGUUGCCUGCAUCAGGCACGGCCUGCCCUCAAACAUGUCGCUGUGAGGACCUGCUGUUUUACUGUGACUCACAAGGUUUACAGGCUCCGCCCAACAGCGUGGACCCAGGGGCCCUGGGUCUCUCGCUACGCCACAACAGCAUCACCAAGCUGCAGCCAGAUCAGUUCUCUGGCUUUAGCCAGCUCACCUGGCUCCACUUGGACCACAACCAAAUUUCAGCGGUGCAGGAGGACGCAUUCCAGGGGCUCUACAAGCUGAAGGAGCUGGUCCUGAGCUCGAACAGCAUCACCCAGCUGCCCAACAGCACCUUCAUCCACCUCAUCAACCUUCAAAACCUGGACAUCUCCUUCAACCAGAUGACAUCUCUGGAGCCAGAGCUUUUCCAUGGGUUGCGCAAGCUCCAAACCCUUCACCUGCGUUCCAACUCCCUCCGAACCACUCCAGUCCGGGUCUUCUGGGACUGCCGAAGCCUAGAGUUCCUGGACCUCAGCAACAAUCGCCUGAGGAGUGUGGCCAGAAACGGCUUUGCAGGAUUAAUUAAACUAAGAGAGCUCCACUUAGAGCACAACCAGUUGACCAAGAUCAAUUUAGCCCAUUUCCCCAGGCUGAUCGCUCUCCAGACUCUUUUUCUGCAGUGGAACAAGAUCAGCAACGUUACCUGCGGGAUGGAGUGGAUCUGGACAACUUUGGAGAAGCUAGAUCUCACUGGGAACGACAUCCGCUCAAUCUCCCCGGAAGUGUUUGAGACCUUGCCCAACCUCAAGGUGCUCCUGCUGGACACCAACAAGCUGACCAGCCUUGACCCUCGGACCUUAAGCUUAUGGAAGUCUGUGACUACUGUGGGGCUUUCAGGGAACAUGUGGGAAUGUACCAAAAGCAUCUGCUCUCUAGCUACUUGGCUCAGCAUGUUUAAGGGCAGGUGGGAACACUCCAUAGUGUGCCACAGUCCAGAGUAUGCACAGGGUGAGGAUAUACUGGACGCAGUUUAUGGGUUCCAGCUCUGUCAGAAUUUCUCAGCAGCAGUAGCUGCACCAACAACGGUUUCCCCAGAGGUUAGCUUGCCUCAAGAGGCCACAAGCGAUUUUUAUGGAAUAUGGAUAACACCCACACAGGACUUCCAUGCACAGGAUGUAGGGGGCUUCACUACAGUGACUGUAACUACCACAAGUUCCCCCACAACAAACCCCACAACCGUGGCAGCAGCCGAGGUCAACACAGAGGCAGACAAUACCCUCCUUACCCAACGGGUCAUCAUAGGCACAAUGGCCCUUUUGUUUUCUUUCUUUCUUAUCAUCUUUGUGGUCUAUGUGUCACGUAAGUGUUGCCCGCCCACACUGCGCCGGAUUAGGCACUGCUCAACCAUGCAGAGUCGCCGGCAGAUUAUGACCCAGGUGCGGCAGCCCAUGGCAGACCUUGCCACACAGGUUCCAUAUAACGAAUACGAGCCCAGCCACGAGGAAGGUGCACUGGUCAUCAUCAACGGGUAUGGACAGUGCAAGUGCCAGCAGCUGCCUUACAAAGAGUGUGAAGUAUGAACUGCCAUCGUGUUUUACCAUUCACUCGCUCCCAAAAAUACAGGGUUUUCAGUUAAGUGGGUGACUAAGUAAAACAGCAUUUUAAUACAUAUAUAUAUAUAUAUUUUUUCCUUUAUGCAUAUCAUGCUCCAUUCAUUUAAAACAAUGGCAGUACAAUGUGCUGGUGCUACUUGGAAUUGGUCCUUUGUUACCCUUCCCUGCCCAAAAAACCUAUAUGAAAAAGUAUUUCAUAGGUUUAAUUCUGAGAUUUGAAAUUUCACCAACAUAUUUAUAUAGGAUACAAGCAUAUUCCAAAGACCACCAUUAUAAAUAAAAAGAAAUAAAAUAAAAGUAUUUACUGUGAGGUAGGUUUAUGUGAGCUAAUUUAUAAAAUAAACCCCUUUGAAAAGGAGGCUUGAGUUAAGCAAGUCUGUGCCCUUGGUAAAAUAAGACUUGCAAUUCAAGAGGCAACCCUGCCCUCUUCUGACAACGCAAGGCAAUUGUUCUGAAAUAGGAGCAUAAUGCUGGGCCACACUGAAGUGUAUCUUCAAAUGGGAGUUAAAAUUGUAAUAAAUGAAGUGUUUAUUGGGGAAGUCAGAUUAAUUUAUCUGUUAUACGAAUUGAGGUUGGGUAGGGUUUAACAUGCUAGCCAUACCAGCACUGUACUAAAAAUAAAGCAAUAUAUUUUAGGGCUGUUCAGAAACCCAUGACUGAGCAGGAUCAGUGAGUGAGGAGAAAAAUAAAAUAAAAAAAAAAAAAAUCUGCUUAACCAUUUUAUAAAGUCCAAUUCCUAAAAUUAAAAAAAGAGACAAGGGUACAUUCCUACUACUUCUGUUCAGUGUUAGUCAUUCAAUUUUACAAAUUGAGAAAUUUGUUAAUACAGCAAAAACAGGAAAAAAGUGCCAAAAAUCAGCCGUUAACUAGAAAGGUACAAUUAAACCUGUGAAAUUUGACAAUA